GGGGCGGUCCCAUUGGCUCUUCUCAGCUCUGCGCUCGGCAACGCGGGGGGUUUGCGCUCCUGUCCCUCCCCCACCUCAGCCCUGACGGCAGCACGCAGCGGCUCGGGCCAAGAUGGCGCUGGAGGCGCGGGGUAUGGAGCAGGAUGUGGAGGACGGCGAGAUCUCCGACUCGGAUUCUGACAUGCCGGUAGCCGCCGCCCCCCCUCCCGUGCCGUUGCCGCCGAAGCCACAGAAUGAUAACAAUGCAGCUAGACCUUUCCAGAGCAACAUUUCAGGAUGUGCACCAACUAUUCCUUACCGGACAAUCAAAAGUGUGGACUCCAGUGAGGACAGUUUUUCAGAUUCAGAUGAUGAUAGUUUCUGGAAACGGAAACGACAGAAAUGUUUUAACCUUCCUCCUGUGAAACAAGAGCCUUUUCAGUUUAAUCAGAGCCAGCAAAAGCAAACAACUGCUGUAGGAGGUAGAAAGAUCAACAACAUUUGGGGCUCAGUGCUUCAGGAACAAAGUCAGGAUGCAGUAGCCACUGAACUUGGGAUUUUAGGAAUGGAAGGUAGUAUUGACAAGAGCAGGCAGUCCGAGACUUAUAAUUACUUGUUGGCAAAAAAGCUUAUGAAGCAAGCUCAGGAAGAGGUGGAAUCUUUAGACAAAGAGUUGGAGGAAUACAUGCAGGAUGACAAAAAAUCGGUGGCAAAGGAGGAAGAAAAUGGAAAAGGUCAUCUCAAACGGAAACGGCCUGUGAAGGAGAGAGUGGGUGAAAGACAAGAGAUGAAUUAUAAAGGGAGGUAUGAGAUUACUGAAGACGAUUCUGAGGAAAAAGUGGCAGAUGAAAUUGCUUAUCGGCUUCGAGAACCCAAGAAAGAUCUGAUAGUCCGAGUAGUGAAAAUCAUUGGGACUAGGAAAGCUAUUGAACUACUUAUGGAAACAGCAGAAGUGGAACAAAAUGGUGGACUAUUUGUAGUGAAUGGCAGCAGAAGAAGAACACCUGGGGGAGUUUAUUUAAACCUACUGAAAAACACACCCAGCAUCAAAGAAGAGCAAAUCAAGGAAAUUUUCUAUGUAGAAAACCAAAAGGAGUACGAAAACAAAAAGGCUGCUAAGAAGAGGAGAGUGCAAGUUCUGGGGAAGAAGAUGAAACAAGCUAUUAAAGGGCUCAACCUUCAAGAAUAUGACGACGCAUCUCGAGAAACUUUUGCUAGCGAUACAAAUGAGGCCCUGGCUUCUCUUGAUGACUUACAGGAAGGACACAGUGAAAUAAAGAUGGAAGGACACAGUGAAAUAAAGAUGGAUCCAGAGGAUACCAUUGAAAUGGAUAAUGCCCAUGAUUUGGAGAUCUUUUAGUCAAUAAUAUACUGAACACUUGAACUAUAUCUCUAUGAAUAUAUUAAAUCAGCCUUUUCUAUUAUACUUCUAACCUGUUUCAUAAGUUUCACAAAUAAAGAUGAUGGGGAAACACUUGUAUGCUGGACAAAAUACAUAAUUAUUAUGUAAAUUUAACAGUGUGGAAGAGCUGUUACCUGUCCUAUUUUGUUGCUCUGUUGAAUCCCCAGAAAAUGUUUUAGGUGAUUUAGUUGACUGUUUUCUUUUUUACAGUAUGUGUUGCCUAAAAUUGAGUCAUUGGGCAAGUUUUGGAAUCAACUCAGGGCUAUUGCUUAACUAACAAACCAUUCACUGGGACAGAUUAAAUAUAAAGUCAAGCACCACUCAUAAUUGUAAUGAAACAUCUGCUCUCCAGUAAGACAUCUUAUUAAAGGUGUGAUAUGGUCAAUAGGGCCAAGUAUUGACAAAAAUAGUACUACUGAUAGGAUUAAGACCUUUGUUCAGUUUCCCAAAAUUAAAGCGACCAUCAGUCCCUUGAAUAACCACUUCCUCAGAGUGAGCAGUGGAGGCAGUCCAUGAUUUCUAGAUCUUUAAAUGGGACAGGACAGAGCGUUUUUUGGUGUUGUUAUAACAAGAGUAGACUAAGCUAACUGCUUGUUUAGUGUAAUCUUUGUAACUGGCAUAGGUUGUACAAACCCUUAGCCUCAAAGUCUGUUGACUGCAACUGAAUUCCUGCCGAAUGGGCUAGAUGCUGCUGCUGAGUUUCUUUUUGAAGAUGUGUCUGUACUAUUUCCAUCUGUUCCAGACUACACACGUGCAGAAACAAAUCUUGUGUUAUGAAAAUCCUACAAAAUGACUUUAUACCCCAGUAUUUGUUCAGAUGGCAGGUAGCUUUGAUCACAGGCCUGUAAGGCAACCCCCAAGGUUCAGAGCCCACCAUCCUCUCAAUUCUCUCCACUUUGGUUUUUUUCCUCCCAGUCUGCAAAAUAGGUCAUUCUUACCUCCCCCAAGAAGGUGUUGAUGCCUUACUUUGUUAACAUCUGUAAUGUAAUUUGAAGAUGUAAUAGGUAUAGAAGUGCUAAGCAGUAGGGGGGGGGUGUUGAGUGUAGCAAACUAAUUUCUGUUGAGAUGCAUGGCAUCUGAAAUAUAAAUAGAGCACUUCAUUUUCAGUUUGAUAUUCACAGCAUUUUAAUGAGCUCCACCUUCCAACUGGGGAAACAGACAGCCUGAUCCUUCAAAAUUCUCAUGGAUUUCACUACAAAAGCAGUAGGAAAUAAAAAACCCCAUGUAAGCCAGAUGCAGUUCUUUACUUGAAUAGAUUUGAAAGAUUGUUGAAGCUUAUGAAAAUAGGAGAGUUUCCUUAAAUUGGAUAAUUCAAUGAUUAUCCAAUCCAUUUCAUAAAAGUGAUUUGGGAGACAAUCAUUUGCAUUUAAAAAAAACAUGUUGGCUUUUAUCCAUCUUUAAAAGAACAUGCAUACACUUAAUGGUCCUGGGCUUUUUGUUUUCUGUUGAGAGUUCCAACAUCAAUAUUUCCAAAAGGUGAGGUUAGUAAAUGUUAGCAUGCCUAAAAUUAUACAAAGCUUUGCCUGCACUACUUUGGAAGCAGCAAAAUGAUUGAGGGAGUAGUUUAAAGGUACUUAGAAAUUCACUAGCUUGAUCUCUUAACAGCUGACCUUGCAUUGUGAGAGCCCUCCCUGUCCCUCAACAUUUGCUCAGGUUUUGAUUAGCUCAUGCAAGAAGAGAAAAUUUUGGAUUUUCUAAGUGGAUUUCUUGAAAUGUGGUUUCCAGGGAUGGAGUGUGGGCAGACUUCUAAAGGGCUAGACCAAGUAAGGUGUCUUGUUUCUAACCUGGUUAAAUAAAGCAGUUUUGAAAAACAAA